UCUACUAACGUCGGCCAUGUUGUUUUAGUUCCACGAGGUUUGUGUAAAAUYGUACUUUGUAUGAAAUAAAAUCGAAAUGUCAAAAAGAAAAGUUCGUUUUGGAGAAGAUGAGCCCAACCAGAGUGAAGAAAUGGAGGAUGAAGAUUCAGCUAAGCGUUUUAAAGCUAAACAUUCGCUAGACAGCGACGAAGAGGAUGAUAACGAAGACAACAAACUGAAGAAGGAUUCKUACGUCUUGACAGAAGACGACGUCGAAGGACAAGAAGAUUCAACUAUAGACCACGAUGGAGAGAUUAAAAUAACACCUUUUAACUUGAAGGAGGAGAUGGAAGAUGGCUACUUUGAUUCGGAGGGGAAUUAUUUCCUCAAGAAGGRAAAAGAGAUAAGAGAUGACUGGCUGGAUAGUAUUGACUGGGGGAAAGUUAAAGAGAAAAACAUCAAGACUACAGAUGAAAAGAUGGAAUCGUCUGAUCAAUUUGAGGAUGCUAGUGAAAUAAAUACUGCAGAGUAUUUGCAAAAGAUUGUUGCGAUCCUUAAACCAGGAGAGACUAUUUUGAGUGCUAUAAGACGGCUUGGGGGGAAGRCAAAGUUGUCUUCUGCAUCUGCAAAGCUCAAGGCCAAAAAGCAAAAACAAGAAGCUAGUGAAMCAAAAGAUAACGAGGAAAACAAAAAACAACUGCUAAGUUUAACAGAACUUGCAGACACUCUCUUGCAGUAUGGAGAUUUCGGUAUUUAUCAGGACACAUAUGAAAAAUUGCAGUAUAAACUGAAAAAGGUAGCUGAAGAAGCAAAAAAGUUAGAUGAUGAUGAUGAAUUGGAGGCUGCAUAUCGUCAUUCUGAAGGUAAAGGYGAGGAGAAGCCACAAAAUUCUUCAUCUGGGAGCAAAGAUGUUGCAGAUGACAAUGAGGUAUACUGGCAGUAUAARUGGGAUGAUUCUAAAAAUGCCGAUAUAUUUGGUCCCUUCUCGUCGUCUGCAAUGCAGGACUGGGCUGAACAAGGUUAUUUUAAAGAUGGUGUUUUGGUGCGCAAGUUGGCAGACAAGCAUGAGGAACCUGUGGGACAGUUUUAUAGCUCUAAAAGAAUUGACUUUGAGCUUUAUACAUGAAGAUAUUUGCUAUAAUUAGGAACUUUCUGAGUUACAAUAGCUACUGCUCAUCUUUAUAUGCAUGAUCAUAAAUGCCGCUACGCUGGUCAGACCAUAUGCUGAUAUAUGAUUUCAACAUCACAAUUGUAAUAUUGAAUUAUGACAUUCAUUGAACCAGAAAAACAAGUGACAAUUUGACACUUUCCUGGCCACAACAAUGAAUUUCCUGUGAUUUAUUAAAGUUAUGCAAUGCGUGUCUGUCUCUAUUGGACAUCCUAAAAUAUGUCCAUGUUAUGGCAUAUCUAUAAAUAGCUUACAAGUGGAUAUUUAACAUUUAUUAAAAAAAGGCCCAUACAAAACUACAUUUAGGGGGAUGAGAACUCAGUUACUAAGUAUACAUGCAGAAUUGAUGCAGUAGUUGUGAUAGCUUAAAGGGUUUCACUUCUUAUUGAUACACGUAGCAUCAGCAGUUUUAUACAGAAAUAUGGGAAUAACAUGAAUAACAGUUGAAUGGAUGACUAA